GUGAAAACUAUGAGCUUCGUGCUGAUCUAAAUAGUGAAUAUCGAGAUCGUCGUAAAGAUGCAAUUAAAAAAGUGAUUGCUAAUAUGACAGUUGGAAAAGAUGUUUCAGGAUUAUUUCCUGAUGUUUUAAAAAACAUGCAAACAGAAGACUUAGAACAAAAAAAACUGGUAUAUUUAUAUUUGAUGAAUUAUGCAAAGACUCAACCUGAGUUGGUCAUUUUGGCUGUCAAUACUUUUGAUACAGAUGAUAGUAAUCCAUUAAUUCGUGCAUUGGCUAUUAGAACAAUAGGAUGUAUUCGAGUAGAAAAGAUUAUUGAUUAUCUUUGUGAACCAUUGAGAAAAUGUUUAAAGGAUGAUGAUCCUUAUGUUCGAAAAACUGCUGCAAUUUGUGUUGCUAAAUUAUAUGAUUUAAGCUCUGAAUUAGCUAUAGAAAAUGGAUUUGUUGCCAUGUUACAAGAUAUGGUAUCAGAUUCAAAUCCAAUGGUUGUAGCUAAUGCUAUAACCGCUCUUGGUGAAAUAAACGAAGCAUCAACUACAAAAAACAUAUUUGUCAUUAAUACAUCAACGCUUUCAAAAUUAUUAGUAGCCUUAAACGAGUGCACAGAAUGGGGUAGAAUUGCCAUAUUAACAGCAUUAGCAGACUUUAAACCAACCGAUAGUAAAGAAGCCGAACAUAUAGUUGAACGUGUUAUUCCGCAAUUUCAACAUGCUAAUGGAAGUGUAGUAUUAUCAGCAAUUAAGAAAAAUCAUAUUAUAGUCACAUUGUUAGCUUCGCCACCAGAAGUACAAUACGUUGCAUUAAGAAAUAUAAAUCUUAUUUUACAAAAACAACCCGAUAUCUUGCAAAAUGAAAUUAGGGUUUUCUUCUGUAAAUAUAAUGAUCCACCUUACGUAAAAUUGGAAAAAUUGGAAAUUAUAAUAAAACUGGCCAGUGAAAAAAAUGUUGAUCAAUUGUUAUCAGAAUUAAAGGAAUAUGCUUCUGAAGUUGAUGUUGAUUUUGUAAGAAAAUCUGUUAGAGCCAUUGGACAGUGUGCAAUAAAAAUUGAUGAGGCAUCUGAAAGAUGCAUUAAUGUUUUAUUGGAUUUAAUAAACACAAGAGUAAAUUAUGUGGUUCAAGAAGCUAUAGUAGUUAUUAAAGACAUAUUUCGAAAAUAUCCACAUAAAUAUGAAGGAAUUAUCCCAACAUUAUGUCAAAAUCUAGAUGCAUUAGAUGAACCUGAAGCAAAAGCUUCACUUAUUUGGAUUGUUGGAGAAUAUGCUGAAAGAAUAGAAAAUGCUGGUGAUUUAAUCCUUACAUUUUUGGAUACUUUUCGUGAUGAAAGUCCCCAGGUGCAAUUACAACUAGUUACUUCAACAGUUAAAUUAUUUCUAAAAAAACCACAAACUACUCAAAAUAUAGUACAUAAAUUACUGCAAAUUGCAACUACAGAAUGUGAAAAUCCUGAUAUUAGAGAUCGUGCGUUUGUUUAUUGGAGGUUACUUUCAACUGAUCCACAAGCUGCGAAGACUGUAGUUUUAUCAGAUAAACCAGUAAUAUCUGUAGAAAGUAAUUCAAUGUCAGGAGCUCUUCUGGAUGAAUUAAUUGGUAAUAUCUCUUCAUUGGCGAGUGUAUAUCAUAAACCUCCAGAAACAUUUCUUGGAAAGGGUAGAUUUGGUGCUGAUGCUGUUCAAAGAAGAGCUAUUGAGGAACAACAAGAAGCUUCAAGAGAAUCACCCAUUCAAGCGCAAGUUAAAGCUAACAUUGAAAACUUAUUGGAUCUUGAUUUCAAUGAUAGUCCUACCACUACUACUGCUAAUGUUGAUGAUUUAUUAGGGUUAUUUGAUGACGAUAGUUUCUCUAUAAGUAAAACAGCAACAUCUCAAUUGACAUCAUCAUCAAAUCAAAAUAAUCCUACUGGUAAUAAUAUAUCAAAUGAUUUGGUUAAUUUAUUUUGA